AUGGAAACUCUGUUUCUGUUUACGUCCGAGUCUGUUUGCGAAGGCCAUCCAGACAAAAUUUGCGACCAGGUCAGCGAUGCAGUCCUGGACGCUUGCGUCAAAGAUGAUGAAACAUCGCGGGUAGCCUGUGAGUGCUGUACUAAAACAGGAAUGAUUAUGAUAUUUGGCGAGAUCACGACGUCGGCGACUGUGAACUACGAAGCAGUUAUUCGCGAGACCUUAAAAGAAAUCGGCUACGACGACCCUGCAAAGGGAAUGGACUACAAAACCGUGAAUGUCAUCGUGGCAAUCGAGGAACAAAGUCCAGAUAUAGCACAGAGUGUGGAUGCAACAAAAAUAGAAGAGAUAGGCGCCGGUGACCAAGGCAUGAUGUUCGGAUAUGCAACCGAUGAAACUGAAGGGGGCUUUAUGCCCCUUACACAUUGUCUCGCCACUCAAUUAGGUAUGCGCCUUUCCGAGGUUCGCAAAAGCAAAGCUCUGGAUUGGGUACGCCCAGAUGGGAAAACGCAAGUCACCUGCGAGUAUAGAAUUGAAGGUCGACGACCAAUUCCGCAACGCGUGCAUACGAUUGUCAUAUCGACCCAGCAUAGUGAAACUGUGAGUCAAGAACAGAUCCGCGAGGGACUAAUGGAACAUGUGGUUCGUGCAGUUGUCCCAGCCAAAUACUUGGAUGACGAUACCAUAUAUCAUAUGAACCCCUCUGGCCGAUUUGUGAUCGGUGGCCCACACGGUGAUGCUGGACUGACAGGUCGAAAAAUCAUCGCCGAUACUUAUGGCGGAUGGGGAGGGCAUGGUGGUGGUGCUUUUUCUGGCAAGGACACAACCAAAGUCGACCGAUCUGCGGCUUAUGCAGCGCGAUGGGUUGCAAAAUCGCUGGUGUAUGCGCGACUUUGCCAUCGUGUGCUAGUUCAACUAUCAUAUGCCAUCGGAGUUGCAUACCCUUUGGCUAUCCAUGUAGACUCCUAUGACACCGCCCCCUCCUUAAGUGGCAAAACAGAUGCCGAGCUAGUUGAAAUCGUCAAAGCGAACUUUGACUUGCGCCCUGGCUGUAUUGUUCGGGACUUGCAAUUGCGACGCCCAGUCAUGCAGAAGACUGCCAUCUAUGGACACUUCGGUCGCGAGGAUGAGGCCUUCACUUGGGAAAAGGCGAAGGAACUUUCUCUGUGA